UAUGAUGCUGAUGAUGUUAUGGAUGAACUCUCUUACGAAACCAUGCGUCGUAGCGAAAGAGAGAGCUUCAAGUAUAAAGCUCGUGAUUUCUUUUCAUCAUCUAACCCAGUUGCAUAUCGUUGUAAGCUAACUAAACAAAUUAGGGAGAUUAAUAUCGUAGUAGAUGAAAUUGCGAAAGAUAUGCAGAAGUUUCAGUUGCAAACUAUGGAUAUGCAUGCUGCUACCACUGCCAAUGGUAGAAGCAGUGAACAACGGAACCGGAAAACUGCAUCCAGCAUAAUCGAUUCAGAGAUUGUUGGAAGGGAGGAUGAUAAGAAGAAAAUAAUAGAUGUACUAACUAAGGCCAGCGAAUCAUCAUCAGGUACUGUCAAUCAAUUUUUGGAAAAGGUUUCUAUAAUCUCCAUUGUGGGGAUGGGUGGACUUGGGAAGACCACACUUGCUCAACUCGUUUACAAUGAUAAGUGGGUAAUUGAACACUUCGAUAGGAUAAUUUGGGUCUGCGUAGAAAAUUCUUUUGAUGUGGAAACCGUCUUAAUAAAAAUUAUGGAAUCCAUUACUCUAGCUAAGUUUGAUGGUGUAUCAAAUUUUGAUCUGUUGGUGCAUAAGGUUCAAGAGAAGCUCCAGGAUACGAAAUGAUCUGUGGAACGAGGAUAUUCUGCAAUGGGAGAGACUCAAGAAUGUGUUGCUCGUUGCUUCUCAAGGGAGUAAAAUAUUGAUCACCACACGUCGCAUGCAGGUUGUGGAUGUUGUAAAGGGGAGCAUUCGUCCGUACCAUUUGGAAAAAUUACAAGAACAUGAACGUUGGUCUAUUAUGGAGAAAAGAGCAUUUUCUCCUGGUGGAGCACUAAAGACCCCAAACAUGACAAACAUUGGAAUGGAGAUAGCAAACAAAUGUAGUGGUUUACCACUUGCAGCAAAAUUCCUUGAAAGUCUAAUGCAUUUGAAAAAUAAAGAAAGCGAUUGGUUGUUGAUUAGAGAAACUGGCCUCAGGAAUACACAAGAAGGUCAAAGCGAAAUCAGACCAAUACUGAAAUUGAGUUAUGAUAACUUGACCUAAUUUCAAACAAUGUUUCUCUUACUGCUCCAUCUUUCGGAGAUUAAAAAGGAAACGUUGGUUCAGUUGUGGAUAUCAGAAGGGUUCUUGGAGUCCUCUUCUAGUAUUGGAAAUGGACGGUCGAUAGAAGAUAUUGGCGAAGAAUAUUUUGAUAGUUUGGUGUGGAGUUCAUUUUUAGAUGGUGUGGUAAAGAAUGAUUUAGAUGACAUAAUCACGUGCAAGAUGCAUGAUCUAGCACGAGACACUGUUGGGAAUCGUGAAUGUGCGACUGUGAAAGUACGCAAGUUGGAAAAUAUUUCAGAUGUCCGACGUUUACAAUUAAUAGCAGAUGAUGAAUCAUCAACAGCACGUCCUGGAGCCUUGAGUAAAUUGAAGAAGUUGCGGACAGUUAUCAUCCUUGUACCAAACUACGGUCUGAAGGAUUACUUGUUCUCAAGAAACAAGAAAUUGCGUGUGCUGCAUUUUGGUCCAAUAGCUGGUGGCUGUAAAAGGAUUAGAAUUCCGGCUGCUAAUAAGUUAAAGCAUUUAAGCAUAUGAGUAUCACGGGGUGCAAAAGUUUAACAGAAAUCCCUUCAUUUCCUUGUCUGAAGCAAUUAUUGUUACACGGCACCGACCACAAGUUAGUAUGGUCAGUUGUGAGAAGCCAGCCAUCUCUUUGGACAAUAUUGACGAGCUUGUAUACUUCCCGGUAAGCACUUGCAAUCUUCAAUUUGUGGAAAUUAAAGAGUGCAAUCAGUUUCAAGGCUAUGGUGUAAAUAAUGAUGAGAAUGAGAAUAACGCGGUUGCUCUGUGCAACAUCUCUCUGGAAAGGUUGGCCCUCAUUGAUUGCCCAGUUCUAAAGUUUCUUCCAGAUUUACGAGGACCGACUUCUCUUCGGAAGUUAGCCAUAUGGAAUUUCCCAAAAGUGAAAGAGUCA